AUGCUCGCGCCGCUGCUCUUGUUCACUGCCAAGUCCUGCCGAGCCGCUGCCGCUGCUGCUAUGCGCCACCAGUCUCCAUCGCCCCGUCCUUCUUGGUCAGUGCUGUACGCCAACACAAUGCAACUUUCGGGCUUAGUCCUCGUCUGCCUUGCGGUCCAGCUGGGCACGCGCGCGGAACUGGAGGACGCCUGGUGUUACGACUCCCAGGACCCCAAGUGUGGCCCCACCCGCUGGAAGGAGAUGGCCCCUGCUUGUGGGGGCCCAUCUCAGUCCCCCAUCAACAUCAACCUCCACCUGGUCCAGCGGGACCCUACCCUGGGGCCUUUCAUCUUCCAGGGAUAUGACUCUGCACCCUCAGGCCCAUGGACACUGGAGAAUAAUGGCCGCACAGUGCUCCUGCACGUGGACUCGAACACUCAGAGCAGACUGGAGAUGCGCGGGGCAGGGCUGCCACCUCCAGGCUACCGCGCGCUGCAACUGCAUUUCCACUGGGGUGCGCCGGCCCACGCUGGCUCAGAGCACAGUCUGGACGGACAGCGCCGCCCCAUGGAGAUGCAUGUGCUCCACGUAAACACGCGCUACAGGACCAUGCAGGAGGCGCUGGGUCACCCUGACGGGCUCGCCGUGCUAGCCGUGCUGUUGGCAGAGCAGGAAGCUAACAAUGCCAACUUCUCCGUCCUCGUGUCUGGGCUGAAGAAUGUGUCCCGACGUGGGCUUUCGGCGAAGCUGGCGUCCACUUUUCCUCUGGCUUCUGUGUUGCCGGGUGCCACCAGCCUCUCGCGCUACUACCGCUACUCGGGGUCGCUGACCACUCCCGGCUGCGAGCCCUCAGUGCUCUGGACCGUCUUCGAAGACCCUGUGUGCCUCGGGCGCACGCAGGUGGCGCAGUUCCAGACGGCGCUCCAGGCCGGGUCCCCGGGCUCCCGCACCCGGUUACUCGUUGACAACUUCCGUCCGCAGCAGCCACUGGAGGGGCGCAGGGUGGCGGCCUCUCCCGGCGCCUCGGUUCGGGCGGUGGCCCCUCGCCCUGGCCCAGCUUGCCUGCUCGAGGCUUUGCUGGGCUUGGAGCUCAGCCAGCGGCUCUUUAGAGGCUUGUAG